AAGUUGUGGAAGACUCAGUCGAGUAGCUGAACGAUGGGAGGAGGGAAGAAGAAGAAGGGAAAGUCAGGAGGAGGAGGAGGAGGAGGGGGACAGAAGGCGGGAAAACCACGGAGGGAAGCAGUUGAGCCCGGAGACCUACCUCCAGAGGACCCAAUGGAGGACCUGGUGGAAGAGACAGAUGAGCUGGGUGUGGGAGAGGAGGAGAGAGAGGAAGAGAAACAACUAACUCCCCCGCCACCACAGACAGAAGGGGUUGUGGAUGAAAUAGAGGGGUCUGGUGAGGGAGGGGAAGGUGUGGAGGGAGGGGGAGCGACGGGAGGAGGGGGAGAGGAGGAGAGAGAUGAGAACGGUGAAGAGGGAGAGGCUGGUGAGGAGGUGAAGGAGAAGAAGAUGAGUCGGAAAGAGCUGAAGAAACUCAAAAAGAAGGAGGAGAUGUGGAGAAAGAUGGAGCAAGAGUUGACCGAUGGCUCCCAGUUCUCAGUCUCCCAGAGGGAGACAAAGAUGACGGACGCUCUCCUGGAGACCACAAGAGACAUCAAGAUCGAGAGAUUCUCCAUCUCGGCCCGCGGGAAGGAUCUCCUCGUGAACGCCGCACUACAGAUCACAGCCGGUCGGAGAUACGGUCUGGUUGGACCAAAUGGUAUGGGCAAGACGACGCUGCUGAAGCACAUAGCAGACAGGAAAUUGGCAAUUCCUCCAAAUAUCGACGUCCUCUACUGCGAACAAGAGAUUGUUGUAGACGACACGCCAGCCAUUGAAGCUGUACUGAAGGCAGACGUGAAGCGACUAAAGCUGUUGGAGGAAGAGGAUAAGUUGAUAGCGGCGUCUGAGAGAGGAGACGACACUCAAACAGACAGACUCAGAGAGGUUCACGAAGAACUGGAGGCCAUAGGAGCAGCAUCAGCAGAGUCGAGAGCUCGCAGAAUUCUGGCUGUUAGUCACUCCACCACAUCCCUAGUUCCUUUCUUCCCUUUCCUAAAGCUUGUAGAUCUCCUUACGGGCUGUUGAUUUGAAAUAGCUGCCUUGUGUAUGAUAUCAAGUUGCCUAGCUUGUUUGCCUCAUGCAACUUGUUGCUGUAAUUAGAAGCCUGUUCUAUUUCUGGCAACAUAUUGCUGCCAAGUUUUUCAGAGUAUGAUUGUGAUGUUUGCUCACCCUUUCCCUCCCUUGCAACUGCAUCCUUUGCUUGGUUUUCCAUUCCAUUCUCCUCCCCCCACGUAGGGGUUAGGGUUCACCGUGGAAAUGCAGGGAAGAGCCACGCGGAAAUUCUCCGGUGGCUGGCGGAUGAGAGUCUCGCUAGCCAGGUGGGUGUGGUCAGGGGGCGUGGUCUGUCGACUGAUGUGUUAGUACAGGGCUCUGUUCAUGGAGCCAACGUUACUGAUGUUGGACGAACCGACCAAUCACCUCGACUUGAAUGCCGUCAUCUGGCUCAACAGCUAUCUCCAGUCGUGGAAGAAGACUCUGUUGAUAGUUUCUCACGACCAGAGCUUCCUCGACGACGUCUGCACUGACGUCAUCCAUUUAGAUCACCAGAAACUCUUCUACUACAGAGGAAACUACAAUGAUUUCAAGAAAAUGUACAAACAGAAAUUGAAGGAACUAGAAAAGGCAUUCAAAUCUCAGCAAAGAGAAUUAAAAGAACUAAAGGCACACGGCCAGUCCAAGAAAAAAGCUGAGGCGUCUGUGAUGGAUUCCAGCAAGAAGAAGAAGAAAGGAGGGAAUAAGAGAGUAGCCGAGGAGGACGAGGACGAGCCUCCGGACCUGUUGGCCAAGCCGCGAGAGUACAAGGUCAAGUUUUCAUUCCCCAAUCCUCCCCCUCUCAACCCGCCCAUCCUUGGGGCCUACGAUGUAACGUUUUCCUAUGAGGGAAUGCCACCGCUGUUUGAGCAUCUUGAGUUUGGUAUCAACAUGGAGUCCAGAGUGGCUAUUGUUGGUCCAAAUGGAGUGGGCAAGUCAACACUGCUGAACAUUCUCCUGGGGAAACUUACUCCGAAUUUGGGGGAAGUUAGAAAGAACCACAGAUUGAGGAUCGGGGUCUACAACCAACAUGCAGCAGAUCAACUAGAGCUUUCAGAGUCUCCCGUGGAAUACCUAAUGAGGAAGUUCAAUGUAGACUACCAGCUGGCACGGAGAACUCUGGGACGCUACGGUCUGGCCAGCCACGGACACACCAUCAAGAUGAGGGACUUGUCGGGAGGACAAAAGGCAAGGGUUGUGUUUGCCGAGCUAUCCCUCAUGGAACCCGACAUUUUAAUCAUGGACGAGCCGACAAAUAAUCUCGACAUUGAAUCAAUCGAUGCACUGGCUGAUGCCAUGAACGAAUAUGAAGGAGGUGUGGUGCUGGUGAGCCACGAUGCCAGACUUAUCCAGGAAACCAACUGCACUCUGUGGGUUGUGGAGAACAGAGAAGUCAACGAAGUUGACGGAGAUUUUUACGACUACAAGAGAGAGGUCCUCCAGGCACUCGGGGAGCUUGUGGGAGACUCAUGAUACUCUCACUAUCUCACGUGACUCUCGUCAUUUCCUCCUAUUUAUUAUCAUGCAUUUCCUGAUUCGUGUACUAGCCCCGCCUCUCUUUGCGAGUAGAAUAUUUGCGCAUGCGCGGGUUUAGCAACAAACUCCGCCCCCUUUCUCGAUCGCGGAAGAGUAAAGAGUGAAGUGCUAGCGAUCGACAGUGGCCGUCUCUGUGGCGGAGAGAGACUCCGGGAUUAUCACAGGAACGUGUGAGAGUGUACACGUCAUGGCCACUGAGCCGUCAGUCGUGUUUCAGGGUGUCCUGGAGCUGGGGAAGGAGUCGACUGCGGGGAGCAUGUCCAGCAGAGACUGGAGGAGCCGUCUGUUUGUCCUCUGUCGAGACCCCGGCAACAAAACCUCCUCCCUCUACAUGUACAAAGACCCCAAGAAGAAAUGGCAGAAACAGACUCCCAAGGCAAUCCUUCAGCUCAUCCCCAGUUUCCAGGUGUCUCUGGCCCACACCAGUGGCUACCAGUUCCCCCUGCAGCUGACAGUGGCCGACCAUCCUCCCCUGUUCCUGGCCGCUCCCUCCUACCACCUCAUGAACCAGUGGAUAUACCACCUUCAGACACAGAGAUUUCUCAACAGCGGCAAACUGGGGACAUUUGUGUGUACAGUGGAGGCCCAGAGUUGGUCCCACACCAGUCUAAUUGGGGCCCACGGAGAGUGUCUCCUGGCAAUCACCACCAACUCGGAGAUCCUCUGUGCUCUUGCCUCGUCCCGGCAGGUCGUGGGGGUGUGGCCUUUCAACUGCCUCCGUCGCUACUGGUGCGGGGAGUCCGUGUUUGGAUUCGAGGCCGGAAAGAGGUCUCCUCGCGGCGAGGGUACCUUCACCUUUGCAACUACUCAGGACGAGGAGAUUUACCGGAUGCUCAAGAGGUACAUCGACAAAGCCAAGCAGGUGUCGCUGCACGGGAACAGACAUCGACCGGUUGGGCUGGCGGGGGGUACGGGGGGCGUGGGGGGUGGAGACGUUGAAAAUCGGCCGAAACUCCCCCUCCCCGCCAAAAGCCCCGCCCACAUAUCUCCUGCGGGGCUCUCCAAUGAAGACAGGAUUCCCAGCGGAGAAGAAUAUGCACAGAUUCCUCUGCAAGAUGUACUGGUUGGUUUGCCGAGCUCUACGUCGCCACUCCAGCGAAGAGGUAGCCUUCACCACACGGACGUCUCCGGACCGAACCCCAUGUACAGUCUGAAGAGGGCGCAGACUGCACGGCCAAAGAGAAUCCAGCAGUGGGUGGAGCAAACGGAGGCCGCCAUCACCGCACAGGGGAGGGAAGAGGGCGGGGCUGUAGGCGGAGCCAACACUCCUCCCCUGCCCGUCCUUCCGCGGGUGAGAAAAUCAGCGACAACGCUGGCCGAAGAAGACAUGUACUCUCACACACAGCACGUGAUGCCUGCACCUUUUCAGAGACACGCAACGGUCCACAAUGUAGUGGAGGAGUCCACCUAUCACACUCUUGUUCACGAGAAAUGCAAGAGGCGUGCAUCUGAAGGAGGAGGAGGGGGAGGUGAAGGGAUCUACAGCAUCGCGUAUCCGUCCGGAGGUGAUGGUAGACAAGUGAUGAUCCCUGAAGCUGGGAACGAGUACGGAACUCUUGGGAGUCGGGAUGCGGUUGAUUUCCAUCCGUCAAGAAAUGGAUUGCCGUCCUCUGGCUCACCCCAACCUCCAGCUGAGGGGAAGAAGGAAGAGGAGGAGGAGGAGCGAACGAAAGAGGGAACAAAGAGGAGAGAUGAGGGAGAGAAAGAAGAGAGAAAAGUGACGGUGUCCACUGCGCCCAAAGACCUGAUUUCUCCGGGUUUCGAAGACAGUAUGACAGAAAACUUGAUGUACGGUUCACGGGUGGAAGUCUUUGCAAGGGGAAGGGGGCAAAAGUUGGAGGAGCAGGUAAUUGAGGAGGGUGAGGAGGGUAAGAGGAAGGAGGGAGAGGGGGAACAGUUAGUGCAGGAACGACCACGGUUGUUAUCGUUGGAAGGUGUGAGUGGGGGUGCAGCUAAUGGAGGGAGUAGCGAAAAGGUGAACGGCAAGAGUGGGGAAGGGGGAGGAGGAGGUGGAGGAGAGAUUCAACGCGAUGCCAAAGGCUACAGCAAGGUGGACAAGAGCAAGAAGAAGAGGACGGAGGAUGUUGGUGAGGACGCUCCGCCUCCUCUGCCUCCGAGACUGUACGAGGAACCAGAGGAUGAUACUGGACUGUUGAGCCAUGCCACUCCACCCAUCUCCCCUGUCCUCGUGUCUGCGGCUGUUUCUGCAGCCCUUCCUCUUCCCGUGUCAGACGUCUAACUCUUCUCUCUCUCUCUCUCUCUCUCUCACUGUUAGUGUACUGUAUGUUAAAGAGUGUCUCAUUUUCAUCAUCAUCAUCAUCAUCAUCAUCAUCAAACCUUUUAAUUUGUCUCUGCGUGUGGUCCUUUCAUCAAAUACAUGAUAAACUAUAGACAGGUGUGCAUAUAUUUUCCCUUCAAAGUGUGACGUCUUUUUGUAACCUGAAUGAGAGUGAAUGACCAAGUUUUAUAAUGCCUUGAUGAUAAUUGUUGGUGGUUUUAUGAGAGCUCUGUUAUGAUAAAGCAGCAAAGUUAUAUACCCGUCUUGUUCUCUAUCAGUGUC